GCAAUUCAAGAUGGCAGCCUCCAUUGGAAAAUCAUGCACACGAACGAUUUUAGUACAUUUCGCUCACGAACACACAGAUUUCCGAAUUCCAGAACUGCAAUCAAUUCUGGGUCUCUUUCACAUAGAAGCCACUGUGCCAAAGGAGUGCCUUAAGGAAUCUUUUAUACAAAUCGAGCUUCCAUCACUGGAAUGUGCAAGAAAAAUUGCCAGCAGAGCAGUUCUCAUCAGGUCUGUGUAUGAACUUUGGGCGUGUACUAAUGCACAUGAUGACCUGAACAGCAAACUGCAGCAUUUGCCAAAAACAUUCCUGGAAGCACAUAUAAAAUGCAAAGAGUCUUUCAAGUAUCAAGUUACGAGCUUCAAUAAAAAACUGAAUAAGGAGAGGAAACUACAGAUUAUAGAGGAUCUCCCCCAUGAGACACUGGCCUUCGAAGGUCCUGUGGACCUGAAGAAUCCUCAACAUGAGUAUCACAUUAUAGAAGACUAUGGCUCCCUUCUUGGUCAACCUACUGAGGCACCGCAGCAGGUCUACUUUGCUAAAUGGAUUGCUGAUGGACAGAGGGAGAAAAUCAACGAGUUUCAUCUUCAGAAAAGGCAUUUUAUAGCCAACACCAGUAUGGAUGCAGGUCUGUCAAUGGUUAUGAGCAAUUUGGGUCAAGUCCAGUCCGGAACCCUUAUAUUUGACCCGUUUGUGGGCUCGGGUAGUCUGCUUGUUUCCGCAGCAGCCCAGGGCGCAUUUGUGAUGGGUGCGGACAUUGACUAUCUCCUGCUACAUGCUAAAUCAAGGCCAUCUCGAGCCAACGUGAAACAAAGAUCAGAUGACGAGAGUGUUAGAGCCAAUCUACGACAAUACGGUCUCGAGAGCCAUUACAUAGACAUCCUGGUGGCAGAUUCAUCACGUGUCAACAUGUGGAGGGAACAACCCUUGUUUCACUCCAUCAUCACUGAUCCCCCCUAUGGUAUCAGGGAGGGUGCCAAGAGGAUCGAGUCUGUGCCUGAUAUGAACCUCACAGACGACCUAAAGUCGGAGAAGCACAUAGCCCAGAGAACAGAGUACCAUCUGUCCGAUAUAUUCAUGGACUUGCUCAACUUUGCAGCCCGCUACCUCACGCUCAACGGAAGACUCGUGUAUUGGUUCCCUGUUAAUCUAGCCACGUAUGAUGAAGCAAACAUACCCACCCAUCCAUGUCUCAGACUAGUCCAUAACUGUGAACAAAAACUGAACACCAAGGUCGGGAGAAGACUCAUUACCAUGGAGAAAGUUAAAGACUUUCAGGAAGGGAUGUCUGAUGCCGAGCUUCAUGUAGAUCAUUUCCAAGAGUCAACAUUCAGGGACAUGUACUUUAAGGAAUCCAAUGUUAGUAAAGAAAGAAAUAAAACCAAACAAGUCUCAGAAACUCGUUCGGACAGAGGAGAUGAUAACUGUGAACCAUCUAAGGGGAAAACAGUGAUGGAGUCACAAAUUCGAUGUGAAGCAGACAAUACAUGAUAUAUAUAUUAAUAUAUUUAUGCCAUUCUCAGGGCUGCAGUACAUUAAUAUGUACAAUUUAAAAAAAAAACAAACUUAAAACGGCGAUCUUUCUCAAGAACUAUUUGACAUAUUCUUCAAAUUACUGCACAUCAGUUUGGUGACUUCAGUCAACAACUAUGCCUUGUUAAUGGCUUCCACACAUGCCCUUGGCUCAGAUAUUUUAAUCUGCCCUGCAAACAGUGUUGCAUGUAAAAGAUACUUAUAAUCUGUGAUAAUGGUUUUGAAUGGGCUGAUAGAGCCUUGUGGGCAUCUUAGGGGCAUUGAACGAUGUUGCAUGUAGUCCUUUUAAAACAAUACAAGCUUCAGUAGGGUAAGUUGAUUUUGUGGACAAAAGUGAUGCUACUGUAGAAAGUCGAUAUUGCUGUGUGAAUCUCACUAGUGACUUUGGUCAAAUGUCUUGUGCAGAUUCCAGUUGUGAAAAAGAGAGUGUGUCAGUGAAUCAGGCUUAAGCAUUCAAUCCUAUUGACACCUGAUAAAU